AUGGCAUCCAUCUUCACUUAUGAUCCUGACCCACCCCGAGUUUCGUCCCCAUGGUCGAACUCAGGAUCAUCGACACCCCAGGUCAAUGUAUCUGCAAGAGGGCUAGCCAUUCGAACGCGGUCUAGCUCAGCAUUGCAAUCUGCGGUUGCUGAUUUUCUGUCCGACUAUGGCAUCACCAAGUUGGAGCCGGAACCUCAAGAGGGCCCCACCGAGUACAAGCUGCACCUGCUACUCCGUCCACGGCGGCCUUACCUUUCUAUGUCCACCGGCCAUGUCGUUGCAGGUUCAUACAACCAUUCUCGUACUAAUCUAGUCGCGGCUUCAACUUCUGCAUCUCCAUCUCAGGAUGUCGUGACAACCCCAAAGCCCAUGCAAGCCAAGUCGUCUCAAAGCCGGCAACAACGGUUACAGGGGUUGACGACACAGCUGCUAUGGCGGUUGCAGCAGUCUUCGCCAUUUCAUUCCUCUACGACGGCGAACUUGAUAGUUCCCGUGUUUCCAGAUGCGACUCCACAGUUAGGUGUACCUCCCAAGCCAGCUCGCCUGCUUCCCGGCCUAGAAGAAAGCCAGGGUGCACUCUACGAGAUUGGUGUUGCCGACGACGGUACCUUUGUAGGCUUAACACAGGAUGAGCUCGAUGAAAGUGUGACCAAUCUACAGGCCAUGGCGGCGACUCUCGGUUGUAAAGUUGAAAUUCUGCGCCGAGUCAUCGUCGGGAAAUGCGAAUGGAUGGAGGACUUACCAUCGGACGAACUUGAUCCAACCAAAGGCCACACAGAAAGGCUUUGGGUCGCAGAAGUCUUAGUUACUCCAGACCUGGAUUUCUACGCAAUUAGUCGGCCAGGCCGGAAUGGCGAUAACGUUUCCAAUCCAGAUCCUGGAGCGUACUCUGUCUCGGAAGAAGAUUACUCUCACACCGAGCAAAUUCGAAUAUCUAUUACCGGCCCCAGUACUGCAGGGAAAUCGUCAUUACUGGGAGCUUUGACUUCGUCUCAACUAGAUAAUGGGAGAGGCAAGAGUCGACUCAGCCUUCUCAAACACCGACACGAGAUAUCCUCUGGUAUUACUAGCUCCGUCGCCCAGGAGCUGAUUGGGUAUGCAGACGAUACGCCCACAAGUGUGGUCAAUUACGCCUCUGGAAAUGUCGCUGGGUGGGAUGAUAUCCAUGCUACUUCGCGUGGCGGUCGCCUGGCUUUUGUAUCCGAUCUUCCAGGUUCAAUUCGAUAUGUGAAGUCUACAUUACGGGGUCUUGUCAGCUGGGCUCCUCAUUAUGUUAUGCUUUGUAUUCCAGCCAACUGCGGUGAUGAGACGACAGAGACUGAAAGUCGUAAUGAGCAUGCUGCUGAGAUUGAUCUCAGUCUGGCCUACUUGGACCUGUGUCUGAAAUUGGAUGUUCCAUUCUUAGUUGUCAUCACGAAGUUAGACAUUGCUUCUCGAAGCCGGUUACGAGAGAAUCUUGCUAAAGUCUUGUCUGCCCUAAAAACAGCAAACCGCAAGCCCGCGAUGCUCCCUGCAUCGCCAACGGGGGAUAGGAUACCUGAUCUCCAACAGAUCAGCGCAUUAGACAGCAAGUCUGCACAAGACCUUAUUUCAGCAGCCGAUGGGAACUGGGCUCUUACCGUACCGAUAAUUCUUUCUAGUGCGGUCGAUGGAUCAGGUAUAGGCAAGCUGCAUGCUUGCCUUCGAUAUCUGCCUAUCCCAUUGGUGCCACGCCAAAGAGCACUGCAUCUACACAAACAGCCAGUGCCUCGACAAUUCACCACGAAUGUUUUCGACGUGGAUGAGGUCUUCGCUAUUCCACCUUCCAAAGUAUACUCGAUAGACGAGAAGACGAAUGAAGAAAGCCGUGGAAUGGUUUUAUGUGGCCUAGUUCGUCACGGCAGCAUCUCCAUUGGUGACGAAAUGACCAUCGGCCCUCUUCUUGUCGACACUUCAGCAGACAGCAAUGAUAAUGCGCCCUUGAACAUGCUCUCUCGCAGCAGCGGACCAGGUCUCUCAAGCGACUUCCCUGCCUCUUUCCCGCAGAGCUUCUUACCCGGAAAAGAUGCCUCGACAACACAAGCAAAGUGGCAGCGCGUACGCGUCGUCAGCGUUCGUAACCUUCGUCUCUCUGUUCGCCGUCUCAUGAGGGACCAAGUAGGCACCAUUGGUAUCGAGCUCCUCGUGUCUCCAGAUGAAGACCGACUUCCUCGCCUCAGCCGCAUCCGCAAGGGCAUGGUUCUGACAAACCUUCACCAAAACUCGCCAGUUUCGACCUCUUCUACCUUUUCCAGCACUACAACUCAACUCCCAUCGACAUUACCCCUACCAUUUCACACAGGCUUCAUGGCCACAUUCCCCGCAUCCGAAUUCUCGGCUCUUAACUCACCUCCCCUACUUCUAGGCGGUAACUCCAUCGUUUACAUAGCCAAUAUCCGCACAACUGUCCGUGUCAUCUGCAUGGAGCUUGCAGGGACAAAUGAGGAGCCUACCUCCGAGCCAUCAUCACCCGAUGAACCAGAAUUCUUCAGCUUCGAUGGGGAUCCCCAGCCCCCUAGUCAUGGAGACAAAGGCGGUAGCAACAACAGCGCCCCUGACUUUCCUGUCCGGCGUCGUCCAUCCCCUACGGACAUCAGCAAAGUCGUCUCCGGCACUUCAAAUGCCUUUCCAGGAGAGAGGACAGAGGCAUUCAAAGAAGAUGUGCAGAUUACAUUCUCCCUUGUCACGUCUGUCGAGUGGAUUGAGCUUGGCUCACAAGUCCUUGUUAUGCCGGGGGCGUCGAUAGGGGCGUCUUCCAGUGUGGCAGUGUCUACUACCAAUGCUGGAACCAUGAUGGUAUCCGGACUCGAAGGAUUUGUGGGGACGGUCUGUGAAGUGGUUCCGGGGAGAAGCGUGGGGAAUGAAUGA